GCGACCGCUGCAGAGCUUGGGACACGGCGAGGCGCCUGCGCUGCCUGCACUGCGGCGAAGAGCUCGCCGAGCUCGGGAGGCCCCUGCAAACGGAGGAUGCUGCAAAGCGGUGUCGAUGUUUGUCGUGCGGAGCCGCCCUCUCGGAGCAGCUCUUGUGGGAGAAGGAGCAGACGGCGGUUCGGAGUUGGAGGCAGCUGGAGAGCCACCUGGGAGAGUCAUCCUCCAAGCUUCUGUCGCCCUCAAUCUUUAUCCGCACGUUUGCGCAGGAGGGUCGACAGAGAUGGACGGAGACAUGGCGCAGGUUGCAGGUAUGGCGGAAGCAGCACGAGCCCGUGCUUUCGCCGAGGCACUGGGCGAUGGCCCAUGCAAAGCUGCUGUCUGCAGAGCUGUCCUUGGUGCGUCUCGAUGGUGGCUUCCCAUUGCCGAUCUCCGCCGCUUCCGUCGUCGCAGGGGCCGCAAACUUCGUCGAUGUUUCCAUCGAGCUCUGUCCUGAGGCUUCCUGGCUGACCAAAGAGAUCCAGGCGGACGUGCGUCAGUGGCUUCCAAAGCUGUACCAGGAGAUGAACUUCGAAAUCGAGCCUGCAGCGAUAGCGGAGGCCCUGGCGAGCUUGGCCCACGAUGUGCCCCUCCGCAUCCAGCUGGACGAGAUGGACUAG